CAGAAGAAUAGCCCCAUCACACUCAGACGAAUUGUUGCACGCGCGUGCUACGUCAUAUCUACGCAAUAAAUUUAAAAUUUUUACAAAUGAGAUUUUUUCAAUUUCACACGUAAAAAGUUUCACCUAGUACGCGCGACGAGGAAAUCAAGUUUCGUCAUCUGAGGAAUUUGUAUUUGCUUGAUGCCAUGUUUACUUAUAUAGGUGUGACGAGUUGUACAUGCUGAUAGUGAAUGUAAAUAAAAAGCAUAUAUAUAUAUAUAUAUACAACUUACACAGCAGCGCAUAUAUACAACUUUGUGUUUGCGUUCCGUUCGAGUUACAUCGCUUAGUUACAUCACAUUACGCGACAUGACUGGGCGUGUGGCUGUGGUAACAGGUGGGAACAAAGGUAUCGGCUUUGCCAUCGUCAAGGCGCUCUGCCAAAAAUUUGACGGCAAUGUCUAUCUGACGGCUCGCGAUGUCAAUCGCGGAUUGAACGCCGUAAGCGAGUUGGAGAAACAAGGCCUGAAACCGAAAUUUCACCAGCUGGAUGUCACCGACGACGAGAGUAUCACGAAAUUCCGGGAUUACUUGAAAAGCACAUAUGGCGGCCUCGACGUCCUGAUCAACAACGCUGCCAUAGCAUUUAAAACAAAUGCUACGGAACCUUUCGGAGUCCAAGCUGAGGAAACGCUGAGAGUAAAUUAUUUCAGCUUGCGUAAAGUGUGUGAUGCGCUGUAUCCAUUACUCAAGCCGCAUGCCCGAGUGGUUCAUGUUUCCAGCAGCGCUGGACGUCUUUGCAAUAUCUCCGGCGCAGCGUUGAAAAAGAAAUUAUCAGAUCCGAACCUAACCGAAUCGGAAUUGGACAAAAUUAUGCAAGAUUUUGUUAACGCUGCAAAAUCUAACACCCAUUUGCAAGCUGGCUGGUCAAAUUCAACAUACGUGGCCAGUAAAAUCGGAGUGUCCGCUCUAGCUGGUAUUCAUCAAUCCAAAUUUAAUACGGAUCCUCGAGAAGACAUUGCGGUGAAUGCGGUUCAUCCUGGUUACGUGGAUACCGAUAUGACUAGCCACAAGGGAGACUUGAAGCCGGAUCAAGGAGCCGUGGGACCUGUUUACUGUGCCUUGUUGCCGGAAAAUACAGAAAUAAAAGGAAAAUACAUCUGGUACGACGCAACACUGUCAGAAUGGAAGUAACAAGUUUAAUGUGAAUGAAAAAAAUCUGAUUUAUAUUAGACAUUAUAUAUAUAUAUAUAUAUAUAUAUUAUGAGAAAUAAUACAAAUAAA